AUGAAUGUGAACCAGGUACCUAAGGAAGCAUUGAAUUUAUUCCUGGUCGUUCAAAAGAGCGCUGCAUAUGGUCUGGGAAUCCAAGGACAUAGGUCUAGAAUGUGUUCUCUAGGAUCUCUGCAAUCGGGCAGAGCUACGAGGGUACUUCCUAUAAUAGCUUGUGCUUCAGUAGCUGCUGCUGCAUGGGGAGGAAGGGAUCGAGCAGCAAUGGAAAAAAUCAAGGAGGCUCACAGAAGAGUGAUUGUGGCUAACCAUCCAGACGCUGGUGGGAGCCACUAUCUUGCUUCCAAGAUCAAUGAAGGUAAGGAGGUAUUGACCAGAAGAACGGGGGAACGAGUCAGUAUUCCAAGAUCAUGCUAUGAAUGCGGAAUGCUUGAUGGUCUAAAUGAAAAUUCUGUUGGGUGA